AUAGCAACACAGUUGUUUCUGUAUUUUUAUUAACUUUAGUUGAUUGAAACAACAUAUUAUUACUUUAAUUCUGUUUAAAUUUAUUAUAUGAACGCAGUGUGCUUUUUCGUUAGCAAUGUGCUACAGUCUCAAGUCAUACUGAAAAUUAUUAUAUCAGUAUAUUCUACAAUCUGAUUGUAGCACAAGUUUUGUGAAGAUGACAACCAUGAUUCAUGGAAUGGUGAACGUAAAAAUGGAUAACUCCAAGAAUACAUUUCCAGAAGAGUGUGAUGAAUCUCAAAUGGCAGUAACUCAGAAAUCUGUGAUAAACAUGAAUCAACCAAAGGACGCAAUUAUACGAAUAGACGUGCCAAACACUGGUAGAAAUGGCACGAAAACCGAGACAGCAGAAAUCAACAUUCUAUGUUUUAAUUUAACACCAUAUAGCCAACUGACACAAUUCCUGUGCUGUUCCAUUUUCGUAUUUGUAUUUUAUCUAGCUUAUGGAUAUUUUCUAGAAUUAAUAUUUGCUAAAUCUGAAGUGAAACCAGUUAGUUUGUAUAUAACUUUAGUACAAUUUUUAAUGACUAUGGCAUUGAGCUACGUUGAGUCCCUGAUAAGGAAUCCUAUUAAACGGAAAGUACCUCUAAAAACAUACGCAUUAUUAGCAGCUCUAACACUUGGGACCAUGUCAUUCUCAAACCUAGCACUGAGUUACCUCAACUACCCAACACAGCUGAUAUUCAAGAGCUGCAAGCUAAUACCUGUGAUGAUUGGAAGUAUUAUUAUAAUGGGCAAGCGCUAUGGGUUCCUGGACUAUGUAGCUGCUGUUGUCAUGUGUAUUGGACUCACUAUGUUUACGCUGGCGGACUCCAGCACCUCACACAACUUUAACUUCGUGGGCAUCAUAGUAAUAUCUCUAGCGUUACUCUGCGAUGCGAUCAUCGGCAAUGUGCAGGAGAAAGCCAUGAAAAAGCACCAUGCUUCUAACAAUGAGGUUGUGUUCUACUCGUAUGCCUUCGGCUGUGUGUAUCUUGUGGCUAUCACGGGGGUGUCUGGUAUACUGACUGCGGGCUUCGAGUUUUCUUUGCAGAAUCCUCUAUCAAUGUACAUGAAUAUCUUCCUGCUAAGUCUGAGCGGCUACAUGGGUUUGCAAGCAGUGCUCACUCUAGUGCGAAUAUGUGGCGCCACCGUCGCUGUAACGGUCACCACGUUCAGAAAGGCGCUCUCCAUUAUAAUAUCAUUCUUGUUGUUUAGCAAGCCUUUUGUGUUUCAAUACGUAUGGUCAGGUAUGCUGGUUGUAUUAGCAAUAUACCUGAACCAUUACAGCAAGAAGCAUCCGAACUACGUCCCAGCUCCUAUACUCAGAUGUUGGCAUUAUAUGGAUAAUAUCUACCAGUCAGAAUACCGGUACUUGAGGAUUAAGAGCAAGAUGUAUGCUGAUACUGUGUAAAUAUAAUUAUUGUUAUUAUCAAUUAUGCAAUUUGGUGUAUGUAUUUCUGUGAGAAAUUAUGUUAAAAUAUUUGAAAGAAAUCAGUGCACUAACUUUGUGCAUUGUGAACGAAAUUAGUUAUCGUCAAAUGAUUUAGCCUUUCUGAAGUUAGCCGUUUAAUGCCUUGCGCAUGCACAGAUGAGUUUUGUUUGUAGAUAUUUACCAUCAUGAAGUCAUUAGUAGGUAUCCAGUUUCGGAGCUGCAGAGUUAUUUGAUGAGACACACGUAACACCUAAAAUCGGAAUGAUGUUCCUUCUCCAUACUUAGCACAAAAUCAUACGUGUGUAAAAAAAAAAUAUGUGUAAUCGAAUGUAUUUUGAGAGAUUUUCUUUAGAUUAUAUACAAAUAAAUAAGAUUUUCACUCCGGAAUUUUACUAGCGCGAGAAAAAAUUAAAAAGAAUUUUAUAAAAGUAUAAGUUUUAAAUCUACAGUGACAUUUAAGAUUUAAGAAGACUCAUUAACUAGCAAAGAAAAUUAUUUUAUUGAAAUUAUUUUAAAUACAUUGAUAAAAUUAACGAUGAUGACGAUAUCGUCAUCAUGGCGGAAACGCUGCAGGACCUACAACAGAUGCUGAACGACCUGGCUGAAUCUUCUCUACGCAUCGGCCUACGGAUGAACUUGGACAAAACCAAGGUCAUGUUCAAUGAACAUGUUCUACCGGAACCGAUUGCGAUACACGGCGCCGUUCUCGAAGUUGUUCGGAAAUAUGUAUACCUCGGGCAGACAUUGCAGUACAAGAAACAACUUUGAGGACGAGGUGAAUAGGAGAAUUCAGUUGGGUUGGACUGCAUUUGGGAAGCUACGUCGAGUCCUAACAUCGUCGAUUCCACAGUGCCUAAAGACAAAAGUCUUCAAUCAGUGCGUCCUACCUGUCAUGACUUACGGAGCCGAAACGUGGACACUGACGGUACGGCUGGUCCACAAGUUUAAAGUCGCUCAGCGGGCUAUGGAAAGAGCUAUGCUCGGCGUUUCUCUGAGGGAUCGCAUCAGAAAUGAGGUAAUCCGUCAGAGAACCAAGGUCAUCGACAUAGCCUACCGAAUCAGCAAGCUGAAGUGGCAGUGGGCUGGCCAUAUUAGCCGAAGAACCGAUAACCGUUGGGGUAAACGAGUUCUAGAGUGGAGACCACGUCUCGGCAAACGUAGUGUAGGACGUCCUCAGGCACGGUGGAGUGAUGAUUUGCGCAAGACGGCUGGCAGGAGCUGGAUGCGAGAAGCCGAAAAUAGAUCUCAGUGGCGUGCAAUUGGAGAGGCCUAUGUCCAGCAGUGGACUGCGAUAGGCUGAUGAUGAUGAUGAUAAAAUUAAUGAUCCACAAUUAUAGGUAAAAGUUGAAAGUCGAGGAUUUCAUAAGUCUAGAAAAGUGAUUUGCAACAGCAUUUAAAAAUAAUCUUCGUAAUAUUAUUUAUUUGACAUAUUUUGUUGGUAUUGUAUAUUCUUUAUGAAUCGUCCAAAAUGUUUGAAUAAGGCGUAGUAAGGGUUGUAAAAGUGAGAUUUCGAAAUGAGUGUCUACAUCUUUGGAUGGCAGUGAUAGUAAUUUAUAAUAUGUAGUUAUAAUUAAUGUUAUUUUACAUUAGCUUUCAGAAUUGAAUUAGUUCAAUUUGUAUAUGAGUGUAAAUACAUAUCAUGUCAUGUAUUUCUUAGAAUUAUUUAUGUAAGUUCCAAUGGGAUUGAUGCGAUUAACUGGGCACAAACUGCCAGAUUUAUAUGUUAUCUAUACAUUCAGUAAACUAUAUACAGUAAGCUGUGGUAAAUAUUCUUAAAUAAAUAUGUUUGCAUUUGACAUUUUAAAAUAAUGAGUAAAGGACAAUGCCAGGGUGUGGGCUCAAAGUUUGCCCAGCAAUGGGAGUAGUUCCAGCUGGUUCCAUAGUGCACUCUGAACACGAAAUCCAAAUAUUUUUGAAAUCGGUCCCAGAGGUCCCGAGAAAAACCGGUUCAAAUGUUAAACUUGAACAGGCACUUUAUGAAGCCCAAGCCAUUUGCCCAGUAGUGGAAAUUGUUAAAAUAGGUUCUUUACUGCACUGUUAACACGAAAUCCAAAUAUUUUGGAAAUCGGUCCCAGAGGUCCCGAGAAAACCCGGUUCAAAUGUUAAACUUGAACAGGCACUUUAUGAAGCCCAAGCCAUUUGCCCAGUAGUGGAAAUUGUUAAAAUAGGUUCUUUACUGCACUGUUAACACGAAAUCCAAAUAUUUUGGAAAUCGGUCCCAGAGGUCCCGAGAAAACCCGGUUCAAAUGUUAAACUUGAACAGGCACUUUAUGAAGCCCAAGCCAUUUGCCCAGUAGUGGAAAUUGUUAAAAUAGGUGCCUUACUUCACUCGUAACACGGAAUCCAAAUAUUUUUAAAAUCGGUCCCAGAGGUCCCGAGAUAAGCAGGUUCAAAUGUCAAACUUGAACAGUCACUUUUUAAAGCCCAAGCCAUUUGCCCAGUAGUGGGAAUGGUUAGAAUAGGUUCUUUACUUCACUGUUAAUACGAAAUCCAAAUAUUUUAGAAAUCGGUCCCAGAGGUCCCGAGAAAAACCGGUUCUAAUGUCAAACUUGAACAGUCACUUUAUAAAGCCCAAGCCAUUUGCCCCGUAGUGGGAAUGGUUAAAAUAGGUUCUUUACUUCACUGUUAAUACGGAAUCCAAAUAUUUUUGAAAUCGGUCCCAGAGGUCCCGAGAAAAACCGGUUCUAAUGUUCAACUUGAACAGUCACUUUUUUAAGCCCAAGCCAUUUGCCCAGUAGUGGGAAUGGUUAAAAUAGGUUCUUUACUUCACUGUUAAGACGGAAUCCAAAUAUUUUUGAAAUCGGUCCCAGAAGUCCCGAGAAAAACCGGUUCUAAUGUUAGCCAGCCAUUGUUAGCAAGCCAUUUUAAGCAGCCACAAACCUAACAACCUCUUUUCUUGAAAUAACAUUCAGAUAGUUAGUGGUUUCACUGUUAAAAGGAUAAAAAAACAGAAAUAGACGUUUAAAGGUUAUUGUUGUUUCUCUUGCUUUUCAGUCUCUAUCUACCACAAUCAGUCCUAAGUUCGAGUAGCGUCAUGCAAUUAAUAUACGUAAUGGCAAUGAAAAAAUCUUAUCAAGACGAAUAAAAUAAGCUCAAACACGAGGUAGUAAAUAGAUACCGUUGAGGAGUUCCCUCGUCUCACUGUCAUCUCCAUCGUCAGGUCAGGUCUUAACCUCCACAGUUUUGUGGUGUCGGAGACAUAUACCCGAAUGACAAGUUUUUAUUCGAUAUGUGCUUACAAUUUCCGAGAGUUCCCUAUUGUUUUAAGGUUUCUAUCACCAGACCCUGGACUAGGGCAUGCAAUUACGGUAAAACAAAAAUUACCGGUAAAAAUUCGGUAAUAAAAAUAUUUUUACCGGUAAACCGGUAAAACGGUAAUUUUUUUUAAAUGUGCUAUUAUAACAAUAAGAUUGGGUAGUUUUAAAGCAAAAACUAAAUAAAUAUGCAAAGUAUAAGGUGGUAAACGUUUUUUGUGACGUGGGCCGUAACAAAAAACAUGUCAUUACCAUCCGUACGCGAUGUCGCCGAAAAAAUGCAAGAGAAACGGCUGCGAUGGUACGGACAUGUAAAAAGGAGUGACACCUGAGGACAUCGGCAAUGUGAAUGUGAUACUCAAUCUCAAUAGACCCGGUCAAAGGCGCAAAGGCAGGCCGAAACCGUGGUGGUUGACGUGAAAAUCUGCGAACUCGAAGAGGAAGAUAUCUAUUCAGGAGGAUAGAGCGAAGUGGAAGAAGGAAGAUACGGAAAGCCGACCCCGUCACAAGACGGGAUAAACGCUAAGAAUUACCGUAAAAAAAAUGAUUUUUCUUUGAAGUGAAAGCCCUUUUUUAUGGUAAAUCAUCAAAUGACAGACUCUUUCUGUCUAAAACCCAUGUUUUUUAGCAGGCGUUUUAUGGACCAGGGUCGCGGUAACUCUUUCGAACAAUCCCGCGGCCCCGGCAGGCCUUGGCCCUGCUGGGCCCCACUGGGUUUGCAGACAUCUCCCUAAGGAGCCCGUGGAACAACGUGCGCCCCUGACACGGGUCUGUUGUCUAUGCAGACGGUGGAACGAUGAGCCGAACUCACCGCCCACAGACCGACGCCUGCGGUGGCCGGGAGUCGUCUCUCGACCCUUGGCGCCCAUGGUGUCUUCCUGGUCCACUACAGCGGCUGGGAUGAGAGGUGCUACUCUCAGUCGCUCCGCCGUCUCCUUCUCGAGGAUGACUGCUUCGCAGAAGGAGGCGACGGCUUCCCAUUCCCUCUAGCUCCGGACCAUGGCUUGAACCAGGGAAGGACGCGAAAGAUCGCCGCUGCCUAUUGCCUCGACGACAACACGGCGGUACCCUUCCCAGGCAGUGCACACCUGGACUGUGUGCUCCACCGUGUCCUCAGAGCUGUCCGCAUGAUGUUGAAGUAAAAGCCCUUGCUCAGUAAGGUCAUAGAGUAGGUAAAAUAAGCAUAUAGGUAGCAGUAAGUAUAUAUAGUAUGAGCUGACAGCUUUGAGGAAAAACAGAAUAACCGGAAAAAUCUAAAGAAAUUGUAUUCAUGUUUCAUCAUCAUCAUCAUCAUCAUCAUCAGCCUAUCGCAGUCCACUACUGGACAUAGGCCUCUCCAAGUGCACGCCACUGAGAUCGAGUCAUGUUUAGAUUUUAUAAAUGAAGAUGAGAAAGAAGAUUUGUAUCUAACCUAGAGAUAGUUAAGGACACACAAGUUUACUUUACUAAAAAUAGCAUCUGUAACACUCUUACAAUACGUAAUGUAUGCAACAUUACAUUAUAUUCAGGCUACAUAACAAAGAUUUGACGUUAAAUGAACAAUUGCUAUAUUUUAUCAAAAAAACCGGUAAAUUACCGGUUUCAUAUUAUUUUUACCGGUAAUUUAAAACUCGCAAAAAUGGGCGAUUUACCGGUAAAAACGAAACCGGUUAACCGGUAUUGCAUGCCCUACCCUGGACCCUGGAACUAUUUGGAAAGUAAAUCCUUUUAAACAAUAAAAUGAUUGUUUAAAUCGGUUGGUAAACGACGGACUUAUGCACGUACUUACGUAAAAAGAAUACAAACGAACUGAGAAACUCCUCCAUUUUUUGAAGUCGGUAAAAAAAAUCUCGUUCAAUACCUCGUAUUUGUCGAUUGAUAUUAUAAUGCAUUUCAAUUAAGGUAAUAAAAGUGCAAUAGUUAAGAGUUCGUUAACAUAUUUUUCGUAAUAUUGAAUAAGAGUCAAACCAGUUUUUCUCAGGACUCCUGGGAUAGAUUUCGAAAUAUUUCGGUCUGGGACCUAUUAUAAGCCUAUGGAACAUAAUACACUAUGCAGUUACUGUGGGCAACUCUUGAGCCCAACUUCCAUACAAAGAAUAGCAUUGUCCUUUACUGCCACAUUUAAGAUGAAAUUUGUAAUUGUGUAUAAAAUUGUGUAAAUAAAAAUACAUUAUUUAUAUCAAUGA